CUCCUCCUCCUCCUUUCUUCCUCCUCCUCAUCCUUGACCCUUGUCCUCCUUCUUUCCUUCCUUCCUUCCUUUUUCCAAUGCUCCGCUUGAAGGUUGUUCCGAGCAAUGGGACAUUUGAACACGUAUACACGCUCCGCUUAACAGGAGCACAGUCACGGCUGCGCAGACUGACCACGCUGGCUAGCCUAGCUUCGAAUAUCUUUUUUCCGCUAUGAAGAGCUCUUUCAAUCUCGCCAUCCUUGUCUUGGUGGCAGCCAAUCUUUAUGGACCCGUCUGUCACUGGCUCACCGUCGUGGGAGUCUUCCGGGCAGCUACUGACAUCGUGACAACCGAGGCCCAGAAGAUCCAUAAGAUCGAAGACACCAUGCAGUGCGAAGAUAUGCAUCACUACCAACCUACGGGCCAGAUCUUUGCAGCCUGUGAAGACUCCCUCCUGCCCCGGUUCAAGUGGUUCCCGCCACUAGGGAAUUUACAGGGGCCGGCUCAGUCGACAGGCUCAUUUCAUGUCAUCGAUACCAAGACCCUCGAGUCCCGGCGACUUACAUUUGAGAACUUCCACGGGCCCUUUGUGACGCAUGGGCUUGAUCUUGUCGACGAUCCGGAUCGCCAGGGUGCCAUUUACAUCUAUGCGAUCAACCAUUUGUCGAACCCGCACUACUUCGAGAAGCCCUCGGCUGAAGGCGUUCCGAAGGCCCACUCUCAGCUUGAGCUCUUUCACCAUGUCUUGGGCUCCAGUACCGUUCGCCAUGUCCGCUCCAUAUCUCAUCCCUUGAUUGUCACCCCAAACGACAUUUACGCCGAGAGCUUGCACUCGAUUUAUGUCACGAACGACCACUUCUAUCGAGAAGGCUUCAUGCGCACAGUUGAAGAUAUACUCCCAUUGGCGAAAUGGACCAAUGUUAUCCAUGUGAAUGUCAAUCAUAUCCAGUCCAAUAGCGCGGAUACAGGCAUUGAUGCCGUCGUAGCGUCCCAGGGAUACCUGAACAUCAACGGGUUGGGCCAUGGGCAGUCCCAGGAGGAGUUGCUGCUCUCCAGUGCCGCGGGAGGCAUCAUGUACCGUGCAAGGGCAGACCGCAGCAACCGCACCCUCUCGGUGCUGGAUGAGUUUGCCUUCGAGAGCACGAUCGAUAAUCCAACCUACUAUCACGAUCCUUAUGCAACCCCCGACAAUGACGCUAGCGGAUACGUGGUCGGUGGUCUGCUGCGGGCAGUCGAUCUGCGCCGAACCCACAACGACCCGCAUGCUCAGGAAGGCGUCAUGGUGUGGCACCUGCGUCGUCAUUUCGGAGACACCGCGAACCCGGAAUGGGAGAAGCGUCUCCUUUUCGAGGAUGAUGGAAGCGCCAUCCGAUCCGCCAGCACCGCGUUGUUGCUUCCCUUGGAGCCCAAGGAUCCUGCGGCGAAGACGGCCAUGCUGUUUGUGACAGGCUUUGUGUCAAGAAAUAUCAUUGCGGUCGAGGUGCCAUUAUAAGAAGGGGGCUCACUCAAGCGGAACUACUUUCUUAUCAUUAUGUUAUCCCAAAAUUACUUACGCUACUGAAUCCUCAUCCUCCUCCUCCUCCUCCUCCUCCUCCUCCUCCUUACUACGUAUCCUCAUUGUAGGGGGAAGGAAACCCAGUAAAGAAAACUAUGUAAUCUUCC